CCUUCCUCUCGUGAAAAAGAAUAAAAUAUGGUUCGUACUCCAUGUCUCCAUUUAUGAGUAUCAGCUCAGCGCUCAAUCUAUAUGCACGGAUAUCAAUUUAGACUGCAAUGUCUUGACUCCCUCAAUGAUUUGAAGCUAGUUCGGCAAUGCCGGAGCUAGGGUUUCAUGAUCAGAUUUCGGGCCUCCUGGCCAGGGAUGUAAGUCCGGACUCCGCCAUCUUCACAGCCGACUCCAACUUGAGCAUAUUCUCAUCUGCUUCAGCUAGUGUAGACCGCUGUUCCUUCGCAUCUGAUGCUCACGACCACGAAGAUUCAUGCUUCUCUGAUACUUCUCAGCCUCAUUUUGCAGGACAUGAGCUCCAGGAGGUUUCACGUUGUCCAUACAGAAUAGGCCACAAUGCUCACCAUAGCAGAAAAGAAAUGGCAAAAGUUCAGGUAGCAGAAAACAGUGAGAUUAAGAGAGAGGAUGAAAAUAUAGCUUUAGAUUCUGCAAGAAACUCAUUCUCUCAAGCUCUUAAGGAGUGUCAAGAUAGAAGGUUUAAAUCUGGAGCUCUACUCAACAAACCAGACAGGCGAAGGCAUGCCUCACUAGACAUGAACACCUCUAUGACCAAUGCUGCAAACUCCUCCUCUCCAAGAUUUGGAGUUAUGAAAAAGGCAUUCAUAACUACUCCCAGAGCUGGUGUAUUCCCUAGUCCCAAUACUCCCAACUAUCGUUAUUCGAGUGUGGGCAUUCAGAAAGGAUGGAGUUCAGAGCGGAUCCCAUUGCACUCCAGUGCUCAUAGGAUGCAAUUGAACAAUGUGUUACUUCCUUAUUAUAGUGGAAGGACCGUACCUUCCAAGUGGGACGAUGCGGAGAGGUGGAUUUUUAGUCCUUUAUCUGGAGACGGUGCAACAUGGACUUCAUUUCAGCAGCCACAAAGGAGGCCUAAAUCCAAAAGUGGACCCCUCGGCCCUCCCGGGGCUACAUACUCUUCAUCAUCAUAUUCUCCAGGACUACCUUUAUCAAAAGGAGAAAACAACAUAAAUUUACUAGCCAACUCUCCGUUUUCCACCCAAGUAGUGCCCACAAAUAGUUUAUCUAUUCACUGUGGAAGUCGUGGAAUUGGUGACAACUUUGCUGUGUGCACAGAGCCAUGCAUGGCAAGGUCAGUUAGUAUUCAUGGAUUCUCUGAACUACUCAGCCUAUCAUCAUUGCCAGCGGUCCAAGAUGAGGGAAACAACUACAAUGAUAAUGCAGCCAGCAACACGUCCCUUGAUGUUUCAAGGAGGGAUAUGGCAACUCAGAUGAGCUCAGACUCUAGCCCCCAAUCAUCUGUUUCCCCGCCAAUUGUGGACGUGCCCAGUGUCCAUUCAUCUAAAGCAGAAGUCUGUGAUGUUACUGAUGUCCCUGUUGAGGAAAGGGUUACUGUGACAAGGUGGUCAAAGAAACACAAGGCUCGAAUCCCUAGGAGGAGGCGGGGAAGUGCCAAUGAAUGGAGAAGUAAAGCUGUAGUAGAGCUAUGGUCUGAAGCUCCAGAAACGACAGAGUCUACUUCCAAGAUUAAGAGAGAGGAGAGCAGAAUAGCUGCAUGGGAGAACCUUCAGAAGGAAAAAGCUGAGGCAGCAAUCCGGAACCUUGAGAUGAAACUGGAGAAAAAGAGAUCAUCGUCAAUGGAUAAGAUCAUGAACAAAUUGAGAUCUGCACAGAAAAAGGCACAGGAAAUGAGAAGCUCAAUGUUGGCAAGUCAGGAUCGUGGCACUCAAAUAAACUCCCAAAGAGCAUUAUCCUUUCGCAGGAGUCACCAAAUCAGCUCCUUUAGUGGCUGUUUUACGUGCCAUGCGUUUUAGUUCUGAGGCCCAUUACUGAAUUCCUAAUUGAAGACUUGACUAGGUCAGUCUCUUUUUAUAUUGUGGGUGAUGAGGUGAUCUGUAAACAUUUAAGGGUUUAGUUGUCUUCAUAUAUGAUAUCUUACCGUUUCUGUCACUUUGCCACGGAUGAUAAUGUAAACAAUGUAAUUGGUAGUUGAUUUCCAGUUUUAUCUGUUAACGUGUUUGGUUGAUUGGUAAUUAAUUUCCAAUAUCUUCUAAACUAU